GAGAGAGAGAGAGAGAGAGAGAGAGAGAGAGAGAGAGAGAGAAAAGAGAGAUGGAGGGGGAAAACAGCAGAUGAGGGUCACUGGGGAUUUCCACCGUGUAGGAUCAGAAAAGGCAUGAGAAGUAGGUAAGACAGAGAACUGGGGAAACACAUGUAGUCACAGAGAGGGAGAGAGAGAUCAUACGGCAGGAAGAGAGUGGCGACAGAAGAUCACCAGCGCUGACUGAGAGCAGCAGAAGAAGUGAAGCAGAGAGUUCACCGAGCGGAGACAACAUCAGAGGUCUGGAGCAGGCUUCGGGUGGGGAGGCCGACAUUACACUUUUCACACACAGGAGGGGGACCAGUCAAAUGGGCUGCAAAUGAUUGAGAUGAAAUGCACGAGUGAGGACAAGUACCUGAAAGAUGGAAAAUGCUGUGAUCGCUGUCCUGCAGGGACGCAUGUGCAGACUGAUUGUGACGGCACCAACAGGACCAAGUGUGAUAAAUGUCGACAUGGGUUUUACAUGGCCACUAAAAAUCACUUGAUGAAAUGUCCACCCUGCAAACAGUGCAGUUCCCAAAACAAACAGAGGAUAUCCAAAGACUGCUCAGCUUCGGAGGACACGGUGUGCGAGUGUGAGACUGGUUUCUUCUGUAGUAAUGACCAGUGUGAGCACUGCCAGCCAGUGACCCAGUGCCCUGUGGGUGAAGGAGUACGGGUUCCAGCCAAUCGCACCAGUGAUACCAUCUGUGCUCCUUGUGAGGAGGGGACCUACAGCAACGUAACAGAUUUCAUCUCACGCUGUAAACCCCACACCAGAUGUCUGGAAUUAGGCAGAGAGACGAGAGUUCGGGGAAACCAAAAAUCCGAUUCCAUCUGCAGUGACUUUUUGCCUCGUUGUUCCUGGAUGCUGCCCGCGGGCCUGUGGUCAGGACUCGUGUUGACGGCACUUGUCCUGCUCGCUGUUUUCGUCUUCAGGAGGGCAAAGCGCAACUCGCUCCGAACAGUCAGGUCCAGUGUUCCCGUUACGGCGGUUACCACGGUACUGGUGACGUCGCUGGAUCUGCCUCUACCGUCCACAGAGCGGAACGGCCACUGCCAAGAGAGCUGUGCCGCGGAGGAGUCCAAGUUACCACUUUGCAGCACAGAUGUUACCCUGGUCAGCUGCGAUGUGGAAAGCAUCCUCCCCAUAACCCCGCUGAAGUUCUCGGCUUCCCUCCCUGACUCCAGGCCCAACGCUGGAGAUCGCACCAGCAACUUCCACAGGACCCCGUCAGAGCCACAGGAGGACGAGUGGUGCGACAUAAUGGAGUAAAGUUCUCGAAACAGCGCGGAGGGAUUUCAGAGUCACUCUCUGGCUUGAAGAUGCUGCAACUUAAAAAAAAAAAAAAAAAAAAUUAAACUAACUAUUUAUACCAACAAGAAACAAAGAGUAUAGGCUUUUACUUUGUGGAGAUACGGGUCGCUGAUCGUUUGUCGCCCCCUGCAGGACUUUCUUGAGAACUUCACUUCUUGUGACGUGACAUUGUUUACAGUGAAGCUAAGAGCUAAAACUCCUGACAUCAAGUAACUGACAGAUUUAUUACAUGUGCAGAUUUACCCUAAGCUAAAAGCCAACACUGGUGCAGCUCUUUACUUUGACAGGAGCUUCACACUGAAAUAGGUCUUAAGCUACAGCUCAGUGUCGUCUCUAUUAAGGGAUAUUUCUUGUUAUUGUUUUAUAUUUUUCUUAUCAACAAACCACCAAAACCAACACAAACUAAUCCUACAAAUAUUUUCCGCUGUAGUCAACCUAUAUAUAAGUUAUUCCUCAUUACAAUAAUUAUCCGUUGUUGUCAAAAAGCAAAGAAGACCUUGCUAGCACAGCGUCAUUCCCGAUCGCAAAUGUGUCAAUCGAUGAAGUCUAUGCAUCCAGCGAGCAUGACAACAAAAUUCAAAAAGCAUUUCUGUUGUUGGGUUUAGACUUUUCGUGGAACUUCGUGGAAAUGUUACAUGUCAGCAUUAUCCUUUUGUGUAAAGUAUGUUUUUGUAAUUUUGCUUAAAUCUAAUUUAACUUAUUUUGUUGCAAAUUCAGAUGAUUUGGCCAAUUUUUUUUUUACAUUGUAAUUGUUGGAAGCCAAAGAAAUUAAACUCUCUUACCUUCUCUUUAAA